GGGCUUUUAUUGUCUGUGAAAUUAUGGAAAGGUUUGGGUAUUCAGGGAUCAGUUUUACUGCUUCUAAAUGAAUUCAAUGCUAUACUUUUCAAAGGCUUUGAUUGCUGUGUGAGUAUAAAUGAAACUCAAUUUUAGCUUAUGAUGGAAUUUUGCACCUAACAUCAACUCAUGCUACUCUUGAUCAACAACUGAGGUUUCUAUGUUAAAAGGAUUUAAGCAGUGUUAGUUUCAGCAAGAACAAUGUACAUGAGAAGAAGUUGAUCUACAUUAACUAGCAAUAUCAGUCGUGAUACUUAAAUGUGAGGAUCAUCUGUAUGAGAUAUCAUACAAAAAUUUACUUGAUGACUGAUGUCUGCCUUGUAUCUCUACAGCCUCAAAUUCUGGGGAAAAUCUCUAGCUCAGACUGUCUGCUUUCUGCAUUCAUCAUUUAUUCAUCUCUUCAUCUUAAGACUAGCUGCAAUAGGAGCAUUGAGUUGAAUCCAUGGCUAAAGUAAAUGGUGUUGUUUAUUCAUCUGCGAGAUCACCGCAGCACACUAAGUGUAUCAUAAGCAAGGAGCAAAUCAUCGUAGACAGGGAACAGGACAUCUAUCGCUGCCUAACUUGAUAUUCAGUUCAAAGCGAUUCUGGCCAUUAGGUCGAAAGUUAAAUGUAUGUAUUGGACAGCGAGGAUUUUCUUUGGUAUGCCAAUCAACAGAAACACAAAAUACAGAAUCAAAAGAGCAUGGGAGGAGCCAUCGUGAUGGUUCAGUUAUAUCCAGGGGCAUAAUGAAGUUGGAUGCUCGUGCACGACAAGAUGUUGCCUUUCUUGGUUCAGAGUUCCUCAAACUUGAUGCACGUGCUAGGGAAGACACAGAGAAAAUUGAUAAUGAUGUAAAGAAAAGAGCUGAAAGGCUUCAUCAUGGUGCUACAAUUCUGAGAAAAUUAGCUGAAUCAAGAUUAAAAAGUGCUGCUGACAAACACUGGAGUGAUGGUGCUUUGGAGGCUGAUUUAAAGCGAGCUGACUUUGCUGCCAAACGAUGUGCUAUGGAAGAUUCUCUGAUGGCGUUGGAGUUUCUCAAAAACAUUCAUGAUAUGAUGGUGAGCAAAAUGCAGAGAUCGAAAAGUGAUCCUACAGAUGCUGCGGAUGCCAGAAGGCAUGUAACACUUGAAAAGAACGGGAAAACUCUUGAGUUUCUCCCAGGGGAGGUAUCUAUAGAUCGUAUUGAUGCCAUUCAGGAAGCUUAUGAGAGCAUGGCUGUUGCGCUUUCUGUAGCUGAUGGAAUUGACUAUACCGAUCCUGAAGAGUUGGAGUUGCUUGUGGCAGCUCUUAUUGAUCUAGAUGCAAUGGAUGGAAAAAGCAGUGUAUCUCUAUUGGCAGAGUGCUCGAGCUCUCCUGAUGUCAGCACCAGGAGAGCUCUAGCAAAUGCAUUAUCAACAGCUCCAUCAAUGUGGACUCUAGGAAAUGCUGGCAUGGGAGCUCUGCAGAGGCUGGCCGAAGAUAGCAAUCCUGCAAUCGCGGCAGCUGCAGCUAAAACCAUCUAUGAAUUGAAGAGGCAGUGGGAAAUAGAGGAAGGUGAUAGCUGGAGGUUCAUGAUGAAUCAAGAUACCCAAGUAAAUAAUACAGAUGAUGAUGAUGAUGAUGAUGAGAGUGAAACUGGUUAAGAAUCCAUUUUCAUUUGUAAUCUCUGGCCUAUAUCAUUGGUUCUCUUUAAGAAAUUUUGAUAAUGCUCAUUCAAAUCUUGAUUUUGUA